GUGCCCUUUUUAAGCCUUAUCGAUCACAAAAAUUUUAUAACACUCAUUCUACACGCUAGCGAUCGAGCAGGGAAAGCGAAAGGGAAAGGGAAAUUAGUGAGAGGGCUGAUCAGGUGAGCCGUGACAGCAGCAGCAGCAGCAGCAAAGAUGCCUUGUCUUUACAUCUCCACCAACGUGAGCCUCGAUGGAGUUGACACCAAUCCCAUCUUUUCUGAAGCCACCAAAGCCAUCUCUAACAUCAUCGGUAAACCUGAAAAUUAUGUGAUGGUGAUAUUAAAAGGAUCGUUGGAGAUAUCCUUUGAGGGGAACAAAGAACCAGCUGCAUAUGGUGAGAUAGUGUCAAUGGGUGGCAUCAAUUCAGAAGUGAAGAAGAAACUGAUUGCCACCAUUGGCACAAUUUUAGAGUCCAAGCUGUGUAUUCCCAGGACCCGAUUCUUCCUCAAAGUCUACGAUACAACUGCUGGGCGCAAUUAUUCCAAAAUAUGAUCAUUCAUUCAUGUUGUGAUCAUGACAUCAUGCGAAGACAUCAUGCUCACCAUUUUUACAAUUCGUGAACCUAAAUUAUAUAUGCUAUUCAGUUUUAUUAUCCAAUGCUAUUAUUAUUGUCGUUUAGUAUCCACGUACGUACUGUGUUCUCUAAACAAUCAUUAAUGCAUAUGGUUUCCACAAAAUUAAAGGAUCCCUGGCAUUAUUGAGUUGAACAA